AUGCUGUCUGUUUCAAAGAAGACGCACACUUGUGGAAGUGAGAACGCAACAGACAUUCAGGCACACUACCUUAAUGACGCGGGCUAUUUAGGCUCCAUCCUCAUUGUUUUGGCCAACGUUCCCCACUCCAAGGACAACUGCACUGCGGAUGAUGUAACGACUCUGGCCAAAGCAGCUCGAAAAAUCUCGACUACGCAGACGCUGUACAGCGACUUAGGGGUCAAGCUGCCCAAGGCAUCAGACCACCCGGACACACACUCCUCUCCCCUCUUUCUUUCCCAUGCUCGACUGAAAAUUCCCAUGACAUGGCUUGGCCCCGCCAGUAGCCACCGCGUCUUUAACGAUAAACAGAUUACCCCCCUUCCUGCAGAACUUGCACCUGCCUCCCUCCUCGUGCCGAAAUGA